AUGACGUCGGAGCGAUUGAAAAUCUAUUUCUGUGGUAGCAUCAGGGCCGGCCGGCAAGAUGCGUUGUUAUAUCGACGAAUUAUCGAAAUGCUUUCCGGCUAUGGACAAGUGCUUACAGAGCAUAUUGGCUUGGACGACUUGAUGACGCCUCAUUUAGCGAAAUUUCCGAAAGGAGUCGAAUCGGAUGAAAAGGACAAAGUCAUCCACGAUGUCGACAUGGAAUGGCUUCAUCAAGCACACGUGGUGAUUGCGGAAUGUACACAACCUUCCAUCGGGGUCGGCUUCGAGUUGGGGGUGGCCUGGAAGCUAAAUCUACCGACGCUCGCCCUAUACCGGCCUCAAAAAGCACCGAACGGAACAACAGCGGGAAUUUCGGCGAUGAUCAACGGCUGCAAAAACGACUCUUGGCAAGUCUUCAACUACCAGGAAUUCGACGAAUUAGAGCCAGUUAUAUCCAAAUUUUUGGAAAAGAUUCAUCCCGCCCCCCAACCU